AUGCCUCUGUUAAAAAGAAAAGCCUUCGAGAAAUCGACGGUGUCGGAGUAUUUGCGGGACGACGAUGAGGUGUUCCACUGCGAGAUCACCGACGAAAUAUUCAAGGAUUAUGAAGAGUAUUGCGAAAGAAUCAUACUGGUCAAUUCGAUGGUGUGGACGUGUGAGAUGACCGGGAAGAAUAACCUGACGUAUGCGGAAGCCUUGGAGAGUGAAAAGGCUGCCCGGAGGUCCUUAAAGGAUUUUCCUAUGGAACUCCGAAUACCAAUCCUAUACCUGGCUACAAAGACCAAAAGGUGUUCGUUUGCUGAGAUGUCAGAGGACAUAUUUAAUUUCGUCAGGGAAAGGUUCUUCGUGGGUGAGACAGUUGAAGCUUGUCUCGAAGGUGAUAUUUGGCGAGAGGCCCAUCUACUCUCCGUCACAGCACAGAAACAGCAUCCAGACAGUAAAAGUAUGCUGCCAGCAUCGGCAUAUUGUUACGAAGUAGAACAAUUCGAUGACGAUCCAGCCACUGCAGGGCAGAUAGGCACAGCGCCAUAUGACAGAGUCCGUCGUCGUAAAGGAAUAUAUACUAGGGAUAAGAAUCGAUUGUUUCUUAAGCAGUUUGUAGCACCAGGAAACAUAAUUGGUAUUAAGCAAUCGGCGAUAGAAAAAUACAACAUAGCCAAAGUGAACUUCGACCAGAUAUUCACAGGGAGUCCCCCAGACUUCCCGUCGUCAAAGAAACUCAUGAAAACCAGCAUGUCGCCUCCUUCAUCUUCAAAAGUGCCAGGCAAACUUGGUUCGCCUUCUAAAUUUAAUAAAUCAUUUAAAAAACCUAGUUCAGAUAAGAAAGGUAGACAAGAAUCUAUGGACAAGUUUUUGAAGAAAACGGACAAAUCAGAAGUAAAACCAAAACCUCCAAUGGAUCCAGAAGCAAGAAAGAAUGCUCAGGAUUUGGCAGAGAAGAUGAGAAGGGCGGAAGACCAGAUGCGUCAGCGCAAGGAAGAAGAGAAGGCAAAGAAAAAGGAAAAGAAUGCCAGACUUAUGGCAUAUAUGAAAGAAUGGCAGAAGGUCAAGGAUGAUCAAGAAUUAGAAGAUCACAAGAUUAUACCAAAAGGCACACCAGUAGAAGUAGAAGGGAUUCCUCAUAAGCAUUUUGGUGAUUUCCUCUCAGUACUGGAGUUUGUACACAAUUUCUCCGAGUUGCUGAAAGUGAAAGAUGUCUUUCACAAUGAGCUGGACUUGGAAACCUUUAGGAAAUCAUUGACGUCCAAAGAACACGCGUGGAUGUUUAGUGAACUCGUACAAAUGUUUCUUUCGACAAUAUUUUCCCUGCAAGAAGAUGAGGCAGAGGAAUACAAUGAAAGCAAAGGAAUCCAGGAGUCUACUGAGGUGGUUCAAACAGACAGCGUAGACACAAUGCGGGCGAUCGAGCUUGCCACAAAAGCGGGCAAAUGGACACAGACGUACCUGGGAACUCCGCUCAGUAAACUGACCCUGGACCCCACCACCGUCAGCGAGGUGCUACGACUCCACUUGCUGUCGUCGGGCGGCGCGGCGGGCUCGCGUUGCGCGGCGUGGCGCCACCACCAGCGCGGCGGCUACAGCAGCGCCGACGACCCCGCGCUGCGCCUGCGCACCACGCGGCCCACCGCGCUGCGGCGCCUGCGGGAGAGACACCUCGCUGACCUGCCGCUGGAUGACAAGUUCGAGAUCUUACAGUGCCUUAUGAACCAAAUAAUGAGCUACGCAACAGUCCGCGACCAGAUUGAAGAGAAGUUAGAAGAGUACAAAAACUUGAAACACGCGUUGCGGACGUUACAGAUAAAUGAACGCAAACGUGAGCCACAACUAGCGGCCGCACGUCUUGAGCUCAAGAAGGAAACAGCACAAAAGAAGGAGGAGCUCAAGUUAACUGGUGAUAAAGCGAAGGCAGCCGACGAAGAGUUAAAAGAGGCCAUAGAGAAAUUGAAUAAGGAAAGUGAACUCAAGAGAGUGGAGUAUGAGAAGAAGUUGAAAGAGAUGCAAGCUCAGCUCUUCGACUAUACGACAUAUGUUGGCACCGACCGAGCGUUCCGGCGCUACUGGCUGACCAGGCGCGUGGCCGGCCUGUUCGUGGAGGCGGGCGCGGAGGCGCGCGGCCCGUGCCGCCACAAGCCGCUGCCGCCGCCGCCCGCGCCGCGCGACGACGUCGUGGCCUACGUCACCGAGCUGUUCCACGAGCGGGACAAGGAGAGGCAGAAGGAACAGGCUGGUAGCGACAAAGAAAACGAAUCAGCUGCAAACUCACGCGGUAGCUCUCCGAAGAAGCCUCUUGCCAAUUUGAAUGGAUUAAGUCACAAGCUAAACGGUUCAGAUGCAGUCACGCAGCACUGUCGCGACUUACUUGUUUGCACUGGCAAUAUUGAAACGUGCUAUGUGCAUGGAAAGGGCGACUACAGACCGCAAUGGUGGGUGUACAACACAGAAGAACAAAUACAAGCGCUCAUAGAGUCACUAAACAAACGCGGAGUGAGAGAGAGUGAUCUACGGCAGACACUGGAGUUUGACCGCACGAACAUUGUCGACUAUGUUAAGAAGUGUCCCAUACAUUUACUCACACCAAACAGUCAAGCGCCACAACAUGUUCCAUCAUUACGACAGAAGAAAAUACAGCCAUCACUACUCGUGUCCCCCGACUGUUCACUCUCUGAAGCACUGGAACUAUCGCUUCGAGAUCACAUUCUGGAACUUGAAGAGAAAAUAUUCCAUGGUUGUCUCGGUUCCUUGAAAGUUAAGGACCGUGAGGCGUGGCGAGGUACCAUCAUGCUCCGGGGCUACGACAAACAGGCCGACUACCUGAGCUGGGGGCCCGGCAAGCAGUUCCGCGACGACUACCACCAGCCGGAUGGACACCUCAAACUACCCCCAAACUUGGAUCAGUCUGAGUUGGACUCGAUAGCCGAGAAUAAAUAUCGCGAUCCUGGUCACUGGCUCGAGACGCCGAAGGUUAACGGUAUUAAGUCGGAACCCGAAGAGGACCCCGGGGCGAAGCCCGAAGUAGUGCGUGGGCUCGCGUGCGCGCUGCUGCAGGUUGCACAAUCAAUACACCAGAAAUACCUCAAGAGACCACUAGGGCUGGACGAGAAGGAGCGCAAGGAGCGCGAGGCGCGCAACCGGCCGCUGGAGCUGGAGGCGCUGGAGCGCUGGGAGCAGUCGCUGCUGGAGAGCCGCAGCUUCGCGGCGCUGGCGCUGCACCUGCUGGCGCUGGACGGCAGCGUGGCGUGGGCCGCCAGCGUGCUGCACGCCUGCUGCCGCGCCUGCCGCCGCCGCGCCGACCCGCGCAGCAUGCUGCUGUGCGACGGCUGCAACAAGGGCCACCACCUCUACUGCCUCAAGCCCAAGCUGGCGAAAGUGCCAGAAGGCGACUGGUUCUGUGAUCAAUGUAAACCGAAGGAGAAGACACCGAGAAAACGGAGAAAACUUUACACAGAGGAAAAUGAGGAUGAUGUGUUAGAUGACAGCUCGGAGGAGGCCGGCGCGCCGCUGGGCGCGGUGUGCGGAGCGUGCGGCAGCGGCGGGCGGCUGGCGGCGGCGUGCGUCCGCUGCGGCGCGCGCCUGCACGCCGAGUGCGCCGCGCCCGCCGCGCGCGCGCGCCGCUGCCUGUGCCCCGCCUGCGCCGCGCCCCGAGAUUCCGAAGAUAGCGAGUACAACACAGCGCUCGUGAAAUUAAAGACUCGUAAGAAUAGAGCCAGUGAUGAAAGCGCGUCGGGCUCCAAGAGAGGGCGCAAACCAAAAGAACACGUAAACGGCACUUCGAGUAAAAAAGCAAAAGAUCUAACAAACGGUGUACAUGGUAAGUAACGAGCGAGUAAGAAACGCAGUCGGGAGGCUCUAGAGCGAGCGCGCCUGGAACCAGAGACGCUAGCGACGUUACUGCGCGAUGCGAUGAAGCACAGAGACAGCUGGCCCUUCCACGACCCCGUCUCCACUGAGGAGGUACCAGACUACCUCGACAUCAUAGAAACGCCGAUGGACUUCACGACGAUCAAGAGUAAGUUAGACGACGGCGACUACGAGACAAAUGAACAGAUGAUAGCGGACAUCGCGCUCAUGCUGACCAACUGCUACACCUACAACGAGGAGACUCACCCCGUCGCUAAAGCUGGAAUAAGACUGGAGAAGUUCAUCAACAAGAGAUGUUCAGAACUAAACCUACCAACACUCCCCAACACCAGUGCAGACGAUGACGACAACGUCGCUCCAAAGGCCAAGAGACAGAAGCUAAACUGAUGUACGGCCACCCCAACCCAUCUCAGCGACUACUUGCUCUACUGAAAGUAUAAUACAUGUAUGUACCAAUGUAUAGUCAACAGGAAUAGUGAUAUAAAAAAAGACAAGCUGAAUACACUAAGUACAUAAUAACUUUGCUUUUGGUUGUCACGGCAGUUACAGAUAAACGACCUCCUAAUAGAUUUAAAGGCUCAACAAAUUCUGCCCCUUGUUUAUUUUUCUACAGAAAUAUUCACUAUUGUACUUUCAUAUAUGCAAUUAAUUAUUUUAAAUACUCUGGCUAAGAGCCAUGUAUUCAAAAUCCCAUAGGUCAAUAAAUGACUUAAAAUAUGCA